UAAUUUCCACGUACAUUUGUUACAGUGUAGUUCACUACAGAACAGCAGAAAGAACCAUGGCGAACAGCCAGUGUGCCAGAGACAUGGAGAAGAUGACCCCUGAGCAGAGAGCCUCAACAUCCAGAGGGCUCGACCAGGGCAAAAUCCAGGAGGCUGAUUGGGCCACGAAGAAAAAGAAGCUGAUGCAGAAGGCAGAACAGCUGGAGAAGGAAAGAGAGAGGCUGAGAAUGAUGAAGCCGAAAGAUAAAGAGCAGGUGGGAGAGAAGACUGAGCCAAUGAAGGUGAAAGAGGUCCAGAAAGCAAUGGAAGAGCUUCAGAAGAAAGAGACCGAAAGAAGAGACAGAAUCCUGCAGGCCUGGACUGUAGCAGGCAAAGAAUGGGAUGAGGAGAAAAGGAAGCUGAAGCAGGAGAUAGAACAGCUGAAGAAAGAAGGAGAGAAGCUCAGAACGAGUAAGAAGAGCGAUGAAAAGCAGAAUGGAGAGCAGAGGGAUCUCAAAGAAAUGAGAGAGGCCCACAAGAGACAAAUGGAACUGCUUCAGACGACAGAGACGGAAAAAAGAAGCAGAAUCCUGAAGGCCUGGACUGUAGCCAGUGAUGAAUGGAAGGAGAAGGAAAAGAAGAUGAAGCUGGAAAUAGAGCAGCUAAAGAAGGAAGGAGAGAAGCUCAGAACGGGCAAGAAGAAAGAUGAAGAGCCGACGGGAGAGGUGAAGGAUCUCUUAGAAAAGAAAGAGGUCCAGAAAGCAUUCGAACUUCUUCAGAAGAAAGAGACUGAAAGAAGGGAUGGAAUCCUGAAGGCCUGGACUAAAGCCAGUAAAGAAUGGAAGGAGAAGGAAAAGAAGAUGGAGCUGGAAAUAAAACAGCUGAAGAAAGAGGGAGAGAAGCUCAGAACUGGCAAGAAGAAAGAUGAAGAGCAGAAGGGAGAGGUGAAGGAUCUCUUAGAAAACAAAGUGGUCCAGAAAGCAUUCAAACUGCUUCAGAAGUCAGAGUAUGAAAGAUGUGACAGAAUCCUGAAGAGCUGGACUGAAGCCAGUAAAGAAUGGAAGGAGGCGGAAAAGAAGAUGAAGCUGGAAAUAGAACAGCUGGAGGAGGAAGGAGAGAAGCUCAGACUGAUGAAGCAGAAAGAUGAAGAGCAGUUGAGAGAGCUGACUGAGCUCAAGAAAACAAUAGAGCCCUCCAUGAAAGAGAUCCGUGAAUGGAAGGAAAAGAUGGAGAUGCUGAUGAAAGAAAGAGAGAAGGAGAUGGAAAAGAUGAUGGAAGAGAGAGAGAAUGACAAGAAGAAGAUUGAAUUGAUGAUGAAAGAGAAGAAGGACAUGGAAAAGAGGAGGAGCGAGAGAAAGAAAAGGAAGGAGAUGGUAAAGAUGAUGAAGGAGACUGAAGCCAAGGUGUUGAAGGAGGAAAAGAAGAAGAAAGAGCAGAAAGAGAAGGAGGAGAGAGAGAUGGAGGAGAUGGUGCAGAAGAUGGAGGCACUAACCCUUGGUGAUGUGACUGAGUGGCAAAGGACUCAGCUAAAGAUGAGGAGGAGAAGAAGAAGAGUUCCAUUAAACACUUUUUUCUGAUUCUCACUCUCUUUUGAUUUUCCUUUUAAGAUUUCAAUAAAUUGUUUUUAUUGAAACGUAU